UGGGGGCGUCCGUAGCGGCGGCGGUGGUAGUCGCUUCGACGUCGACGGAGACUGGAGCGACAUUUAAAGAGGCAGCAGAAGCGCCUGGGAGUCCGGCUUUUUCUUGUGGGAGGACUCUGACCCUUCCUCAGCCGGAAGAAGAGAAAGCGGCCGCGCCGCGGAGCAGGCAUGGAGAGUAGAAAACUGAUUUCUGCUACAGACAUUCAAUACUCUGGCAGUCUGCUGAACUCCUUGAAUGAACAGCGUGGCCAUGGACUCUUCUGUGAUGUUACUGUUAUUGUGGAAGACCGAAAAUUCCGGGCCCAUAGGAACAUUCUUUCAGCUUCAAGUACAUACUUCCAUCAGCUCUUCUCAGUUGCUGGGCAAGUUGUUGAACUGAGCUUUAUAAGAGCAGAGAUUUUUGCAGAAAUUCUGAAUUAUAUCUAUAGUUCUAAAAUUGUCCGUGUUAGAGCAGAUUUACUUGAUGAGUUGAUUAAAUCAGGGCAAUUACUAGGAGUGAAAUUUAUAGCAGAGCUUGGUGUCCCACUGUCACAGGUUAAAAGCAUAUCAGCACAAGAUGGUACUGCUGAGACCUUACCUCCUGACUCUAGUGACAAAAACAUUGACAUACAAAAAUCAAAGGAUGAAGCCCAAGAUACUGGGGCUGCUGUAAUGCCCAUUAUAACAGAGUCUUUUUCAUUAUCUGCUGAAGAUUAUGAAAUGAAAAAGAUCAUUGUUACUGAUUCAGAUGAUGAUGAUGAUGAUAUCAUUUUCUGCUCUGAGAUUUUGCCUGCAAAGGAGAAUUUGCCAAGUAACAACACGAUGACACAGGCCCAGCCUAAUCCAGCCCCUGUUGCUAUUUCAGAAGUGACACCUUGUGCUAGCAAUAACUCCCCCCCUUUAACAAACAUCACACCUGCUCAGACGCUUCCCACUCCUGUAAAUCAGGCAACUCUUAGCCAGACACAAGGAAGUGAAGAAUUGCUGGUGUCUUCAGCUUCAACACAUCUGACUCCAAACAUUAUCUUAUUAAAUCAGGCUCCACUUACUACACCACCCAGUGUCAGUUCUUCACUUCCAAAUCAUAUGUCCUCUUCAAUCAAUUUACUUGUACAGAAUCAGCAGACACCAAACAAUGCUGUUUUAACAGGAAACAAGGCCAAUGAAGAGGAAGAGGAAGAAAUUAUAGAUGAUGAUGAUGUCACCAUCAGCUCCAGUCCAGACUCAGCAGUCAGUAAUACAUCUUUGGUCCCUCAGGCUGAUACCUCCAAAAGUACCACUUUUGAUGGUUCAUUGACACAGAAGAUGCAGACUCCUGUACUUCUUCAAGAGCCACCUUCCAAUUCUUUAAAAGUUUCAGAUGUAAUUACUAGAAACACUAAUGAUCCAGGUUUAGGAUCAAAGCAUCUAAUGGAGGGUCAGAAGAUCAUUACUUUAGAUACAGCUACUGAAAUUGAAGGCUUAUCAACUGGUUGCAAGGUUUAUGCAAAUAUCGGUGAAGAUACCUAUGACAUAGUGAUUCCUGUCAAAGAUGACCCUGAUGAAGGGGAGGCCAAACUUGAAAAUGAGCUACCAAAAACAUCUGGAAGUGAGCCAUCAAACAAGCGUAUGAAAGUAAAACAUGAUGAUCACUAUGAGUUAAUAGUAGAUGGAAGGGUCUAUUAUAUCUGCAUUGUAUGCAAAAGGUCAUAUGUCUGUCUGACAAGCUUGCGAAGACAUUUUAAUAUUCAUUCUUGGGAGAAGAAGUAUCCAUGCCGUUACUGUGAGAAGGUAUUUCCUCUUGCAGAAUAUCGCACAAAGCAUGAAAUUCAUCACACAGGGGAGCGAAGGUAUCAGUGUUUAGCAUGUGGCAAGUCUUUCAUCAACUAUCAGUUUAUGUCUUCACACAUAAAGUCAGUUCAUAGUCAAGAUCCUUCUGGGGACUCAAAGCUUUAUCGCUUACAUCCAUGCAAGUCUUUACAGAUCAGACAGUAUGCAUAUCUUUCUGAUAAAUCAAGUGCUAUGCCUGUCAUGAAGGCUGAUGCCAUUGGGUAUAAGGUUGAUGCUGGAAAAGAGCCUCCAGUAGGGACCACAUCUACUCCUCAAAACAAGCCAAUGAACUGGGAAGAUAUUUUUAUUCAAAGGGAAAAUGAUUCCAUUUUUAAACAGAAUGUAACAGAUGGCAGUACUGAGUUUGAAUUUAUAAUACCAGAAUCUUACUGAACUCUUUUGAAAUACCAGAAAGGGCUAGAUUAAGGGGCAGGAAUUUCAGAAGACCUGUGAAACAAAUUAAGGUGAAAACGUGUUAAUUUGAUCUGCCAUGUCAUCUGAAAGUAGUCUAGUUGCAUUGUUAAUUUUUAGAGGCAAUUUUUUUCUAAAAGUUUUGAGUAGAGAUUGAAUACCCCCUGAAGUAUCUGUAUAGUUUAGCUUUUAGCUCAUUUAAAAGAUGUGACUUUUUAAAGGUACACAGAGAGAGUUUUCUGAAUAGAAUUUGAAGCAAUCUAAAGGUUCCUUGAGAAUUAUUGGAGUUACUAAUAUACCCUGGUACAGCUUAUACUGUUCCCCCUUCCAUGUUAGCACUUUACUGCUGAAUUUUCAAUUUUCUUAAUGUUAAGCCUAAGUGUGUUGUGUCUUGUAUACAGCAUAAAAGGUCAUGAACUUCCAAACUUGUUCUAGUAAAUUUCAGAGUAAGUCCUAACUUGGUGAUUUUUUUCUGUCAGGUCCAAAUGGAGAUCAGCCUCCUGCCUCCCUCCCACUAUAAAAUAGCCAUGCGAACAGGUCUCUCCUAUGAAGAAUGAGUUCUAGCUAAUUGGGAUCAACCAUUGCUUUCAUUGCCAUAGUCUGUAAGAGAUUUUGAUGGCAAGGCCACUGUAUACCUUUAAAAUGACCCUGAGCAAAAUGAAAAUGAGCUAGCAGGCAUGCAUGUAGUGCAAACAGGAGGUAAUACAAAGUUCUUUUUUUGCUUAUCUUUAAUCUUCUGCUUUUAUAUGGAGAUUUUUGUUAAUUAUGGUUAAAAAUGUUCCCACAAAAUGUUGUGAAUUUACUAUGUGAAAGCCACCAAAUGCAUCUUUAUAUGUAGUGCUAGUAAAUGUUGAGAUUCCGUCGAUGAGACUUGUGUAUUGGGGUAGAAGGCUCCUGACAUACAUUUUUAAAAGCUCAUGUUAGAAUCUCCGGUAGGAAGUUUUCAUUUUAGGUAGUUUUAAUGGCAAUCUAACAUUGUUCUUUCAACAAGGUCUUUUGUUUUUUGUGUUUUUUUUAACCCCUUAAAAUAAGUUCUGAUCUAUGUGCAAACUUCUGUUAUAUUAUAGCAGAAACUACAUGUGGAAUACUGCAGGCAUAUCGGUUCCUGUUUAUUUUGACAACAAUAUCACCUUUCUUCCUUUUAAGAUGGCACAUAUUUAAAUACUUAGAAUUUAAAACUUAUCAAGAGUAGUAAUAAAAGGAAGCAGGGUGGAACAGAUAUAUAGCUUAGCAUUUAUAACAGAUUUAACACAAUUCUGUAAAAAUUUAACCUAAUUUUUUUUGCAAUGGAAAAAAUAAUAGAUACUGAAAAUGAUUGCAUUGCAUAGUUAUUAGUCAUUUGUGACAUUGCUUAUAUUUCUUAGUUCAACAUAGGUAUUUUCAUUCUCCUUACAGUGUAUUCUUAUCUAUUUCUUGACUUUGAACUUAAAGCUUUAAUCAUAAUUUUUAUGCAUAGGUCAUUCUUCUGGUGGUAGCUAAGUGUGAAGAUAAAAGUUUAAGUGUUUCUUAAGUUGGUAGCUGAGGGUAUGAAGAAUCAGUGUUUGCAAUAAUACAAAGAAGGAUAGCUCCCACUUACAGAGUAGUAGAGUGCUAUACAUUUAUGUUUUCUGUUUCGUAAGAUUAGGCCUUCAACCCAUUUUCAUAAACUAACUCUUAGAAAAACUCUAGACUCUGAUCUCUGUGAUCACAGUAUCUAUUUCCUUUCUCUGUAGAUAUCGAUGUUACUGCUUUUUGAAUAUAGGGUAUGCUUAAAAAUAUUCCCCAUUGAAAUUUGAGUUUCAUGAAUGCAGUUUCAGCAGUUAGACAUAAUUUUUUUCUACCUGUGUGAGCAACAAUGAUGUUUCAGUCUCAGCUGCUAGGUUUGCUAUGAUGAAACUUGCUAGUUCCUACAAGCCUAUUAUGGUUUUUUGUUUUAUUUUGUUUUUUCGAGACAGGGUUUCUCUGUA